AUGGCCGGGAAUCAGCGAAUGUCGAUUUAUUCCACUGCAUCGUCUGCGUUAGGUGGUUCUCGAAAUGUUAAUUCAACUUCUCAGUCAACACAAGUCACGUCUACCAACCUCCUGAACACCCUUCACACCAUCUAUACAUCUUCACAGCCUCACAAGCUUGAUUCAGGCACUAGCUUAGUCGUCAACACGUGGCUAACUGCAUCAUUGCCCAAUUCCGAGGGUAAAGUUGGCGGGACGGUCGAUGCCACGCUAUCUGCAAGAGCUUGGGAGCACGCUAGACGUCGUGCCGAAGACGGGUGUAUUAUUCUUGGGUCUCUACAUGAAUCUUCGCCCUCUUUGCUUGCGCCAUUCCUCGAAACUUUUCCACUCUCGAUACCUCCCAUAUUGUUCACUGCCUUGAAUGUCCUGAAGCCCUUUCUAUACACUGUCUCACCCCAAAACCCUUACACACCUCGCCAUUCUGGACUAGGCGUGUCUCUCUCACUAUCUCUUGCAGGAAAUUUAACCGCAGCAUCAUUAACACUAACAGAUGGAGGGAUCAACACCUCAAGAGGGCUACUUGAGCUACCGAAACAGCCUGGCUUUCGCGCAUUUGAUGUUUUCUACUACCUGCUAACAUCUGCUUCUACACCCGCUGAAAGAGAAUUUCUUGGGCUUAAAUCUGCAUCCAACUAUGCUCUUUUAUCAAAAUCAGGCACAUAUGACCCACCAUCUUACCUUCCAGCAGCCGAUGAUGCAGCGGCAGCAGAUGACUUUCGGAAUUCUUUAAGGGCGAUUGGAAUUAAAGGUCCAAUCCAUCGAAGCUUGAUAUCAAUUUUGGCAGGCUUACUAAAACUUGGGAACACCCUCAGUUUUACUAUAGAUGAAGAAGUUUUAGACGAAAUAUGCGAAGAUGUCGGAGGCUUGCUCGGUCUGAACCCAGAAGCUUUAAUUGAACAGUGCACAACUUCCGAACGAGAAACUUUGAUCGGGGGACUAUACGAAGCUCUCGUAGAUUGGGUCCUUCUAAAAGCUAACGCGGCUAUUGCCAACAGUAUGCUUCUGGAAAAAGAAGGUGAAAUUGCAGACGAAAAUGGAAUACCAAACACUGAGGAUGAUAAUGGUGAUACUGUGUGUAUAACUGUUUUAGAAUUACCAGAUCCUGCUCUUGGAAAAGCUGUGGCGAUGCGUGGCGUUUUUGAUGACACUCAAGGUAUAAACAGCGAAAUGAAAGAAGAUGGAGUUGAAGUGGUCGCCGCUAGCAGCUCAAUCAUACGUGAGAUGCAAAAUGCGGUUGCCGAAGUCGCUCCUGAUCUCGGGAUUAACACCGGAGUGGCAAGUCGUGAACGUGAACAUCAACGAGAUCGCCGCGAGGCAGCUCUAGAAAAAAUCGGUCGCGAAGGAGAAGAAGGUGGGUUUUUGAAGAAUAUUUUAUAUCCAAUCGACGGACAAGGAGUAAACAUUGGUCGCCAGGGACGUCUCGAGAUUGCGUCUAUUCUGUCUAGUAGUCGUGUUUGGUAUCACCUUACUAUACAUCCAACGGAUGAGUCACCUGCUAGCUUGGCCGCACUUCCGUCUACUACUUCAGCAUGGUCUGCUGGAGCUGUGUCAAGGCAGCUGCGUGCAUGGAGACUCCCGGAGUGGGCUAAUCGCCGAAAUAAACAUCUUGAUUUCACAGCCGAUUUUGAUGUCGAAGAAUUUGUCCAAAGAUAUGCACCACUAGGAUGUAAAGAUGGAAGGGAUGGUGUAGAAAAUUGGAUAAUGGAACGUGGAUGGAGUAACGGUGAAGUCUUCAUUGGCAUAGAACGCAUUUGGAUUCGCGAGAGUGCUUGGUGGGAAGCAGAAAGUAUGCUCGAUUUGAAGCCGUUAGAUGACCAAGGAUUUUCGCACGGGGGAUGUGGCGAUGGUAUAGAAACUGGAUACUCUCCUGGAUACAAUACAAAUAAUGACAGUGGAUUUUUUCCUGCUCUUAAUCCCGCUGGUCUUUCCCAUCAAGACAGCAGAGAUCAUUUGCUCAAUAGAAAACAAAGUAUGGCAACUAUUCCAGUAAGCGUCCGCGGGCCACGUUCUGUGGCUCCUACAACUCGAAAUACUGCUGCAGGUGACUACGGCCUCGGCACUAAGGGCGAUACUGGAAGGAGAGGUCACAUAUUCUAUCAUAACGAGACAAGUGGAUUGAUGAAUGAUGUUGAUGCUGAGAUAGCCGACUCUAAGGAUGUCACGACAGAAACUUUGAGUACGAGCCGUCGAAUUUGGGUUGCCAUUGUUUGGGCAUUUACUUUCUGGAUCCCAUCAUUUGCUCUCCGAUUCAUUGGUCGUAUGAAACGCCCUGAUGUUCGAAUGGCUUGGAGAGAAAAACUAGUACUUUGCUGGUUUAUUGUUCUCCUCAAUGGUCUCAUUGUUUUCUGGAUAAUAUUUUUUGGUCGCCUUCUGUGUCCUAACUUUGACAAGGCGUGGGAUGCCAAGGAGCUAAGCACACAUCAAGGAGCAAAUGACUUCUGGGUAAGUAUCCACGGAAGGGUAUAUGAUAUAUCCAAAUUUUGGAAACAACAACACAGUGAUACUGCUAUUCAAACUACAAAGGAUGUUAUGGAGCCUUUCGCUGGUUUGAACUUAGAUGAAUACUUCAUGCCCCCACUCACUAUUGCAUGCCCUGGACUCGUAGAAGAUACCAGCAUGGCGCUUCUAUCGAAUAAUACUGUACAAUUUCCAUCCGGUAUUCACACUUCUGGCCCCGCCACGCCAUACACAGACAGUGCCUUGGCUGAUAUCAAUUGGUACGGUUCCAAAUUCCUUCCAAAAAUAAAACAGUAUUAUCACGGCGAUCUCGUGAUAAAGAAGACCAAGCUAGCAAGUGAAGGUCAAGACGAUAACCACUACUGGUUUAUUCUUAAGGGAAAGGUCUACGAUUUGACCGAUUACUUUUUCACGCUAACAACGUACGGAAAUUUAGCUUCAUACGACUUUAUUGAUAGCGGAGUAACUGCUAUGAUUAAGGAGAAUCCUGGACUCGAUAUCACUAACGCAUGGGAAAAAAACUUCUCCAAGGCCAACGGAACGCAACAAGUCGUACUUGCGAAUAAUUUGAACUGUAUGAACAAUGCUUUCUAUGCAGGAAUUCCCGACUUUAGGGAUUCAGUCCAAUGUCAAAUCAAUAAUUAUAUUCUGCUAGUGUUUACAAUCAUCUUAUGCACAGUUAUACUGGUCAAAUUUCUUGCAGCGUUACAAUUCGGUUCCAAGCGGCGUCCUAUACCACAAGAUAAGUUUGUCAUCUGUCAAGUUCCUGCCUAUACAGAAGGCGAAGACUCUUUGCGGAAGGCCUUGGACUCUUUGACCGCUCUACAGUACGAUAACAAAAGAAAACUAAUUUGUGUUAUAUGUGAUGGAAUGAUCGUGGGAGGCGGUAACGACCGUCCAACGCCAAAAAUUGUUCUUGAUAUUCUUGGUGUAGACCCGAAAAUAGAUCCUCCCGCCCUACCAUUUAGAUCUGUUGGAGAAAGCAGUGAGCAGCUAAACUAUGGGAAAGUUUAUUCCGGUCUUUACGAAUACGAAGGCAAUGUCGUGCCAUACAUUGUUGUUGUCAAGGUAGGAAAAGAAUCAGAACAAUCUAAAUCAAAGCCUGGAAAUCGUGGUAAACGGGAUUCUCAAAUUCUACUGAUGAGCUUUCUCAAUAGAGUUCAUCACCGUGCUCCCAUGAAUCCUCUGGAACUUGAAAUUUUCCAUCAAAUUAAUAAUAUCAUUGGAGUGGAUCCAGAACUUUAUGAAUACCUACUUAUGGUCGACGCUGAUACUAGUGUUCGCGAAGAUUCUCUCAAUCGUUUGGUGGCAGCUUGCGCCAAUAAUGCUAAGAUUGCUGGUAUUUGCGGUGAGACUAGCUUAGAGAACGAAGAGAGAUCUUGGUGGACCAUGAUUCAGGUGUACGAAUAUUUUAUUUCUCAUCAUUUAGCCAAGGCUUUUGAAUCAUUAUUCGGAAGUGUAACCUGUUUGCCCGGCUGUUUCUCAAUGUACCGGCUCAGAACAGCUGAUAAGGGUAAGCCUCUUAUAAUCUCUGACGCUGUAAUUCAUGAGUAUAGCGACUGCGUUGUUGAUACUCUUCACAAAAAGAAUCUUUUAUCCCUCGGUGAAGAUCGAUUUCUUACCACCCUCAUGACCAAGCACUUUCCGUACAUGUCAUAUAAGUUCAUCCCAGACGCCUAUGCAAGUACAGCUGCUCCUGAAACAUGGAGCGUUCUUCUAUCUCAAAGGAGACGAUGGAUCAACUCGACUAUCCACAAUCUUGCCGAGCUAGUCUGGCUAGAGGAAAUGUGCGGAUUUUGCUGUUUUAGCAUGAGGUUUGUUGUUUUCAUCGAUCUCUUCGGUACUUUAAUUCUACCUGCUACUUGUGCAUAUCUCGGUUAUUUAAUUUAUAAUGUCUCCACGCACAAAGGCCAAUUUCCACUUAUCUCAAUUAUCAUGAUUGCAGCUGUUUAUGGGCUUCAAGCAUUGAUAUUUAUACUCAAACGUCAAUGGCAGCAUAUUGGAUGGAUGAUUAUUUACAUGUUGGCUUUUCCAAUUUAUUCAUUCGUUCUACCUAUCUACUCUUUUUGGAAUCAGGACAACUUCACAUGGGGAAAUACCCGAAUUGUCAUUGGUGAAAAGGGAAACAAGCAAAUAGUGGCUGUAGAAGAUGAGGGCUUCGAUCCGCGAAGUAUUCCUCUCCAGCGUUGGGACGAUUAUGCCACUGCUAAUAACCUUCCCGGAAGAAGAGGGGCCACUGCAGAGAAGAGUUAUGAUUAUGAAGAUACGUAUGAAAUGGAUGAUAUGAAAUCCAUGUAUUCCUCAGUUAAACCAGCAUCGACAUUCUUGACUGGGUUUCAGCAGCGUGGAACAGGGCUAGCCUAUUUACCUCCUCUAUCUCCCGGAAUCGGUAUGGCGCGUCAGUCUAUGUACUCGAGUAACCCAUACGCCGACAAUCCCAAUCGGCAAUCUAUGCUAUCUACUAACAUGCAUGAUCUUCCUACUUCGCCUUAUCAAGAUAACCCCCAAAAUCGCCCAAGCAUGCAAGCUACGGGCUCUUCACAAGAUCUCUUCGGUGGUUUCUUAUCUACCAAUCAAGCAACACAAUCACAUACGCGCCUCGGAAAUAUGGGCAGCAUGCGUGGAUCUUUUGGUGGUGAAACUGGUAUGCGUCCUAAUUCACAAUUUGAUUUUAUGAGAGGCGACCAUGGUCCGGACGACUUGACAAUAAUUGAGGCCGUACAGAGCUGUCUUCGGGAGGUUGACCUUGAUAAUGUAACGAAGAAACAAGUUCACGCUCUGGUUGAGCAGCGUCUACAAACCGAAUUUGCGGGGGAAAAGCGUGCGUUCUUAGACCGUACCAUAGACACGGAAUUGGCCAAUAUGUGA